CAGGAGGUUUUCAGGAGUGAAUGUGGACACAAUUUUAGAACAAAUUAUGAGUGGACACAAAAAUCAUGGAUUUACUGAAGAUGGCAGGUCGGAUAGCUACAACAGUUUUUCAGCCGCUAUCAAUUCGAGGGAAAUCCUCACCACCAAGGAAAAAGACAACACCUACACAGUGGAACUCAGAGAUUUGCGCAAAUCUCUCGAAGCUGGUGACUAUGACCCAUUCAAUUACAGAGAAAUUGAGCACCCCACGACUAAUGCUGAAACGAUGCUGCACCUCCUCAAAGGCAGCCUCGGAACGGGCAUCCUGGCCAUGCCGUUGGCCUUCUACCACUCAGGGUACCUGCUGGGCGUGCUGGGCACGGCCUUCAUAGGCUUCCUGUGCACCUAUUCGGUCCACCUGCUGCUUGACUGCGAGUACGUGAUGUGCAAACGUAGGAAAGUGCCCAGCAUGACGUAUCCGAAGACGGCAGAGUGUGCGUUGGAAGAUGGGCCUCCGUUGCUCCAAAAAGUAGCACCCUUUGCACCGCACAUCGUCAAUAUUUUCUUGAUGAUCUACCAACUAGGUACCUGCACUGUCUACACAGUUUUCAUAGGCGAAAACAUCCAUAUCGUUCUCAAAGAGAACUUCUUGGAGUUUGAUGCUAGAUGGAUCAUGUUGAUCUUCCUCCUACCACUGAUUUUCAUUAACUACGUAAAGAACCUCAAGCUGUUGGCGCCCCUCUCAACCGCUGCCAAUUUCAUAACUGUGAUAAGUUUCGGAAUCAUUUUGUACUAUAUGACCCAACAGGACAUCGAUCUAGAGAAGAGGGCAGCUUUCGGAAAUUAUUUGGACUACCCAUUGUUCUUUGGAACUGUACUAUUUGCACUGGAAGCUAUCGGCGUGAUAAUGCCCCUGGAAAAUGAGAUGAAAACACCAGGAGAUUUCAGUCGUACAUGUGGUGUUCUCAACAUCGCGAUGUUCAUCAUUGUGAGCUUGUAUAUAGCAAUGGGGCUUUUUGGCUACUUGGCAUUCGGCAGUGAAGUUGGUGGCUCAAUUUCAUACACUAUCGGUUCUAAUAUACCAGCACAAGUAUGCAAAAUAAUGCUGGCUCUUGCUAUUUUCAUAUCUCAUUCUCUACAAAUGUACCCUGCCAUCGAUAUAAUAUGGAUUCAAUAUCUGAAGCCUAGAAUGGAGAAGAAUGAACAUCAAGCUAUUUUUGAGUAUGCUACCAGAACUUUCCUGGUCUUCGUUUGCUUCUGCCUAGCCGUAGCUAUCCCCUAUGUGGACCUCUUCAUCUCCCUGGUGGGUGCUGUCAGUCUGUCGGUCUUGGGACUGGCUUUCCCAGCGAUAAUCGACCUGAGUACCCACUGGUACUCCCUGAAGGGAGCACGUGGGUUCGUAAUCAUCUCCAAGAACUGCUUCAUCAUCCUCUUCGCCAUCUCUGGACUCAUCGUCGGUACUUCCACCAGUCUCGAGAAGAUCGUAGAAAAGUUCGGUUCUUCGAACUCGACUACGUGAUAUUUACUAAUAUGUUUUUGUAUAGGUAGGGUAUUUGUAGAUAUUUUGGACAUUGAUAUAGGAACAAAGUUUGGAUGAUUUAGAGUAGCUGACGUUGGAAAGUUGACUAUAAUACUUAUGCCAGAUCACA